UACGACUACCCAACUCCAUAAUUUGGUCCACUUGCGAUCCACGCCGCCAUCUUGUAUCUGGUUUCAAGUCUCCUGGCGCUCAACUUUUUCUUCGGAAAUUCCGACCCUCUUUGUCCUCUACUGUGUCCCUUCCGCCUGCACACCAGUCACGAUGGGCGGCGACCUCAACCUCAAGAAAUCAUGGCAUCCGGUGCUCAUGAGCAACCAGAAAAAGGUGUGGGAGGAGGAACAAAAGGCACUGGAAGAGCGGAAAAAGAUUGAUCAGAUCAUGAAAGAACGAGCAGAGGAGCGGCAGAUACAAGAGUUGGAAGAUCUACAGGCUGCUGCAGGCGGUAGCAAGAGACAGGCACGAGUGGAAUGGAUGUACAAUGGGCCAUCGAGUGGACAAGCUGGCACGACCGAGGAAAUGGAAGGGUAUCUUUUGGGUAAGAGGAGGAUCGAUGGACUACUGAAGGGGACCGAUAAUCAAAAGUUGGAGAAGUCAGCGACGCAGGACUCCUUCAUGGCCAUUCAAAAUGCCAACACAGCACGAGACACCGCGGCCAAGAUUCGAGAAGACCCGAUGUUGGCCAUCAAGAAACAAGAACAGGCAGCCUACGAGGCGAUGAUGAACGACCCUGUCAAACGACGACUUCUACUGAAAGCUGCAGGUAAAGGGGAUGAAUCGGAGCGAGAAAAGAAACGUGCGAAGCAUCAUCACCGUCACCAUCACCACCAUCAUCGACAUCGAGAGGAUCGUGCUCGAGACCGCAGUCGAAGUCGGGACGGAAGCCACGAGAGAAGGGACAGGGAUGAGCACAAGAACCGACACUCAGACCGCACAAGGAAACGCGAACGUGACAGAGAGUCAGACCGACACAGCAAAGACCGACCCAGACGCCGGAGGGAAGAUGACGAGUCCACAAGAAGUCACCGUCGGGGAAGACGAUCGAAUACAUCAUCUGUAUCCCGGUCACGAUCUCCGCCACGACGAGAAGAAGAACAGACACGGUCGAGGUCCAGGUCACCAUACCGACAGAGAGAGCGAAUGUCAAAGCCAGAAACACGUCGUCGAAGAAGUCGAUCUCGCUCUUACUCGCCACCUCGACGCAAUGGUCACAACAACGGGGUACGCAAAAUGCAAAGUUGGCAUUCAUCACGAGCGGAAGGGCAAUCAUCGUCGAGUGGUGGGGGAGAUGACAGAGCAGCUAGACUGGCAGCAAUGCAGCAAGAUGCUACAGAUCUGGAUCAACAAAGGGAGCAGAGACUAAAGGAGAUUGCUGAGAGAGAAGAACGCGAGAGGGAACGAGAUGACAGUGCGAGGAUGCGCAGCUCGAAAUACGGCGUUCGAGCCGAGUUUGUGGACAAAUUCCAUAAAAAGGCAGGAGAGAUGAGCCUUGGACAGCGAAUGGGGAGGAAUGGGGUGUCGGUGAGAGACUCAGACGAGUAACAGAAUCUCAAUCACAUUUCUUUAGAUAGAUUUCAGUCUUUGUCAGAUGAGUGCGUUUUGUGGUGAGGGGCGAGGCGCUCGCUUGUAUGUCUACCGCUUUGUCUCGACUGCCACCAGUCAAC